AGCUCCUUCCCUCCGGUUUAAGGAGGCGAUAGUCGGGCUGCUCCGGGCUCCUUUUGUUCCCUGCUAGCCGGGCCCUCGCCGCUCGCCCAUCGCAGCCCGCAGCAGAACUCCCUCUCCUUGCAGCCACUUUGGCUUCUCCUCCUUUUAAAUUUUUUUUUUUCACCCAUCACACUCGUCCGCUGGGCGUUAAUCGCAAGUUCUGCUCCGCAAAGGGUCCCCACAGAGGGUGGAGGGAGGAAGUCGGAGGAGCUCCGCUCCUCAUUGGCGAAGCAGCCUCCCCCCUUCUCCUCCUCCCGAGGUCUCUUUUAUUUAUACACGCACGCACACACGCGUGCACAUCCCUGGGCCCCGGGGGUUGCUCCACACCGGGGUCCGAGGAGGCAGAGCCCCCUCCCAGCCGGGCUGGGGUGCGCAGGGCACUGCUCGGAUGCGCUAGAGGAGCGGAGCAGGGCUUGGCUGCAGCCCAGCCUUGGCACAGCCUUGCCUCUCCUUUUGAUUUUAUUUUAUUUUUUUUCCCCCCCUCCUCCCUUCCACUUCUUUCUUUGCCUCUCUUUCGCCUUUAAGUGGAAAAGCCUUGCCAGCUGGGAGGGCAGGGAGAGCCCCGGCAGGCAGCAGACAGAGUUCGGAGGAGGAGAGGAAGGAAUUUCGGAGCCUUCCCGGUGGGACGCGCGGCGCAGGCACUCGGCUGGCGGGACCCUGCUCAAGGACUCAGGACAAGCCCAGAGCCCAGCAUGCUGUGCCCCACUCUCAGGACGUGUCUGUGCCUCCUCCUCCUCACUGGUCUGCUGGAGGUGACAUUUGGGGACAGCAGGCUGCACAUCGAACCCAGAGACACUGAGCUUGUCCUCAGCCUCCACAGCACCUUCUCCCUCCUGUGCUACGGGGACAGAGAGCUGGCCUGGGAGCGGGAGGGGCAGCCCCUUGCUGCCUCGCUGGAGCACAGGGAUGGUGUCUUUGUCAGCAACCUCACCCUCAGGAACGUGACAGGCCAUCACACCGGGGAGUACACGUGCACCUACAGCCCUGAGCAGGCUCCAGAGCCAGCAGAGAGGAGAGCCCUCUACAUCUACGUUCCAGAUCCCUCCCUGGUUUUCCUCCCCACAGUCAGCUCUGAAGAGGUUUUCAUCUUCAUCACGGGCUACACAGAGGCUGUCAUCCCGUGCCGUGUGACCAACCCACAGAUGCAGGUCACCCUCUAUGAGAAGAAGGUGGAGAACCCCAUCCCAGCUCUGUAUGAUCCACAACAAGGAUUUAAAGGCUUCUUUGAGGAUAAAAGCUAUUUCUGCCGGACAUAUGUGGAUGACCAGGAGGUGGAUUCAGACACUUUCUAUGUCUACAGGAUUCAGGUGUCGUCCGUGAACGUCUCCAUCAGCGCGGUGCAGACCGUGGUGCGCCAGGGGGAAAACGUCACCGUCAUGUGCACCGUGAGCGGCAACGAGCUGGUCAACUUCAACUGGGAUUAUCCCCGCAAGCAAGCAGGGAAGGCUGUGGAGCCAGUGACUGACUUCCUGCCUGGAUCCAUUCACGAGAUCCGCUCCAUCCUCAUCAUCCAGAAUGCAGAGCUGGAGGACAGUGGGACCUAUGUCUGCAAUGUCUCCGAGGGCUACCAUGAGAAAACGGACCGGAAGGACAUCACUGUCCAAGUGAUCGAGCGUGGCUUUGUGCACUUCCACACCCACCUGCCCAGCACGGUGUAUGCCGAGGUCCACAAGAGCCACACUAUCCAGGUGGAAGUGGAGGCUUAUCCCCCACCCAGCAUUGUGUGGCUGAAGAACAACAAGACACUGACCAUGGAGAGCAGCAGCGAGUUCACCAUCACCAGCAGGAACCUGUCAGAAACCAGGUACCAGACAGCUCUGGUGCUGGUGCGGGUGAAGCAGGAAGAAGGAGGAUUUUACACCAUUCGGGCUUCCAAUGAGGAUGAUGAGCAGGAGAUCUCCUUCCAUCUGCAGAUAAAUGUGCCAGCUAAAGUGGUGGACCUCAAGGAGAACAGCAGUGCCAGCAGUGGGGAGCAGACUGUAACGUGCUCUGCUGAAGGCAUGCCCCAGCCAGAGAUCAGCUGGUCUACGUGCAGCGACAUCAAAUGGUGCAGCACCAAGGGACAGCCCACGCGGCUGCUGGGGAACGAGUCGGCCGAGGUGGGCGUGCAGACCAACGCCUCGUACCACGCGGAGCGGCAGCUGUACCGCGUCAACAGCACCCUGCAGCUGCACAGGGUGCACGAGCCCCUGCUGCUCAGGUGCACCGUGCACAACUUCCUGGGCACCAGCUCCCAGGACAUCACCCUGGUCCCACACGCCUUGCCAUUCAAGGUGGUCAUCAUUUCUGUCAUCCUGGCCUUGCUGGUCCUCACUGUGAUCUCCCUGAUCAUCCUGAUCGUGCUGUGGCAGAAGAAACCUCGUUAUGAAAUCCGCUGGAAGGUGAUUGAGUCGGUCAGCUCUGAUGGGCACGAGUACAUCUAUGUGGAUCCCAUGCAACUCCCUUAUGACUCCACCUGGGAGGUGCCCAGGGACAAGCUGGUGUUAGGACGCACUCUCGGCUCCGGUGCCUUCGGUCGUGUGGUGGAGGCAACAGCCCAUGGCCUGAGCCACUCACGGUCCACCAUGAAAGUGGCAGUCAAAAUGCUCAAGUCCACAGCCCGCAGCAGUGAGAAGCAAGCCCUGAUGUCUGAGCUGAAGAUCAUGAGCCACCUGGGACCUCACCUCAACAUCGUCAACUUGCUGGGGGCCUGCACCAAAGGAGGACCCAUCUACAUCAUCACCGAGUACUGCCGCUACGGGGACCUGGUGGAUUACCUGCACCGCAACAAGCACACCUUCCUGCAGUCCUGCGGGGACAAGGCACGGCGGGAGGCCGAGCUCUACGGCAACGCCCCCAAGGAGGACCAUCUGCACAGCCACCUCUCCAUGUCUGUCGAGAGUGACGGGGGCUACAUGGACAUGAGCAAGGACGACUCCCUGGACUAUGUGCCCAUGUCUGACAUGAAGGGUGAAGUCAAGUACGCUGACAUCGAGUCCUCCAACUAUGGCACCCCCUAUGAGCUGGACAGCUACUCCCCCUCAGCUCCUGAAAGGACAGACCGGGUGACACUGAUAAAUGAGUCUCCACUCCUCAGCUACAUGGACUUGGUGGGCUUCAGCUUCCAGGUGGCCAAUGGGAUGGAGUUCCUGGCUUCCAAAAACUGUGUGCACCGUGACCUGGCUGCCAGGAAUGUCCUCAUCUGUGAGGGGAAGCUGGUGAAGAUCUGUGACUUUGGCCUGGCGAGGGACAUCAUGAGGGAUUCCAACUAUAUCUCCAAAGGCAGUACCUUCUUGCCCCUUAAGUGGAUGGCUCCAGAGAGCAUCUUCAACAACCUCUACACUACCCUGAGCGAUGUGUGGUCUUUUGGGAUUCUUCUUUGGGAGAUAUUCACUCUAGGAGGGACUCCAUACCCUGAGCUGCCCAUGAAUGAACAGUUCUACAACGCCAUCAAACGUGGCUAUCGGAUGUCCAAACCCACCCAUGCCUCUGAUGAGAUCUACAACAUCAUGCAGAAGUGCUGGGAGGAGAAGUUCGAGAUCAGGCCAUCCUUCUCACAGCUGGUGGUGCUUAUGGGAAACCUCCUGGUGGACUGCUACAGGAAGAGGUACCAGCAGGUGGAUGAGGAGUUCAUGAAGAGCGACCACCCCGCUGUGGUGCGCACGAGACCCGCGGUUCCUGUGCUGAACAACGCCCGCCUGGCUGCCAGCCCCCCCAGCAGCAGCAUCCUCUACACAGCCGUGCACCAGAGCGGGGCCGAGAACGACUACAUCAUCCCUCUGCCCGACCCCAAGCCCGAGGCAAGCUGUGACCUCCCUCAGGAGGCCUCCAUCAGCAGGGCCAGCUCUAUGCUGAACGAGGCCAACACAUCAUCCACAAUAUCCUGUGACAGCCCUCUGGGCCUCCAGCAGGACGAGGAACAGGAGUCUGACCCACAACCAGGCUGCCAGGAGCCAACCACAGGACACCAAGAGGUGGAGGAGAGUUUCCUGUAGUCAGAGCUGGGCUGACUUUUCAUCUCCUUGUGGAGAGGCCAGCUGAGGGGGCUGACCCAGAUGUCACAGAGAGCCAUGCUUGUGCGUGUCCAUCAGGACAUCCCCUCCUGUCCCAGCAUCCCUCCUUCCCUUCUCCCAAUGCUGGGGGGGAAUUAAAGACUUUUCCCCAUUGCCAUCCCCUUUCCCCUUAAAAAGAGGUGCCUCAGUGCCAGAAGCCCUCUAGAUCACUGCCGCAUCCUCCUCAGUGAUCAAACCACUGCAGGAGGGAGACAUCUCACAGACCAACACCUUUUCAAGUGGAAGACGUGGUUGGAUCUCCACGAGAGGCCACUUUCUGCAUUGCUGAGAUGACACUCCAGCCUCUGCCUCCUCCAUGGCACAGAGUUUCGUCUCCUCUGCACCAGCACUUCUCUGAUGGUCUCAGCACCAGCCACACCGUGGUUCUGUGAAUGCCACUGGGACAGAUAAUCCACCUGGAGCCCAUUGCUGGGGUGUAGAGCACCCGAAACACCAACCUUCAGCUGCUGGAGGUUAGGAGCACAUUGGAUUCUCCUCCAAGCACAGUCAAGUCCUGAAGAGGCCAGCCAGUGUCUGGGAGGUACAGAAUUACCAUUUUCCUCUCUUGGCAGUGCUUCCAUGGUGGACAGAGCAUCACAAGCACUACAGGUGUUCACAGCUCUGGGGCACAGCUCUGCAUCCAGCUGGAGGCUGUCACAGCCUUCUGUGCCCAGCAUGGCACCAGGAGCCCCAGGGACAUGCCAGGAGUUCCAAAUGCCCUCACAAUGACUUGGUUAUAGAAGCAAGGAGGGCAGUCACUGUUGUUCGUGUUGUCUGCGUGGACACUAAGCUAAUUAUUCUCCAUUGAAGAUUUAAAGGGAACAAAUAUAUUAAUCCACUAGCCAGGGCCAGUAUAAGGAAGCAAUAUGGUUAUUCAUUAAUCUACUGCCACUACACCCAGCUCAUCUGCUGGGAAAUCAUAUAACCACGCCAGCUGCAGAAUCCUUGUGCCUUAUCUUUGGGAAGCAAAGGCUCACCUUUGAUAAACUGUUCACCCAAACACCCUUUCUCAUCAUGGGAGGGCUCACCGUUCCCUCCUGAGUCACAGCAAGAUUAUGGGCAGAAAUAAGGACACCAGAACACCAACCCAGGGAUAGCUCCAAAGACAGAGAAGGAGAGAGGCUGGGAAGCUCCUUGGUCACAACUGAGCUGUGUCUCACACCCUGCCACCUUCUGGGGUCAGGCAGAGCCACUUGCAGCCUGCCAGGGCUGUAAAUGUCACAGGGAAUCAAGCAGGGCAAGAGGAGCUGGGGAGGAUUCCCCUCUCCUGAAGAGUGUUUUGAAAACUAAAGGGGCCCAGACCUUGCCCCUGCUUCUCCCCUCCCUCCCCACUUCUCACAGAUGGGUCAGGGGCUUCUUGUGCUCUCAGCUGGCACUUGAGUGACAGACCCAAAGCAGGAGGAACACCAGGCUCUGGAAAUCAGUUGUGAACCCCACCUCUGCAGAGAUGAAAGCUGGACCCCCAAAACCACAGGUCUGACACCACAGGAGACAGCAGGUUUUUCUCUGAAAUGUUUCACUUCACACAGAGCUCUGUUCACUGCAUAAUCCUGAUCCCAUUAACUCUUUAUUGUCCUACUCAUGCACAUCUCUCUGUGCACCCUACAGGAACUGCACAGGCAGGUUUACAAAAUCAGAAAUUCAACCAGCAUCUUGCUGGGCUUCUGCCACCUCAGAGCCACUGAGAAUUUAAUUUUUUUUUUUUGCAAAAUAUGGAACUUCUGUCAGAAAUCCCCAGCAAAACAGCUUCUGUUUAAGGUUUUCUACCAUUCCAGUUCUGCCAUUUAUGCAGCUAAAGGAGGAGUAGGUGUUUUGUGGGCUGGUGUCCUUGGUAAAAUGUGAACAUAAGAAAUAGCACUUUUAUUGGCAGCCAGCACAGGAUAUUUUCAGCCUAUGUGGUCAGAUUCCCCACCAUCCAUAGGAAACAUACUGUGAAUGACAACUGUUUUUCCAUCCUCUGUUCCUCCUGCUUGUGAUGAAGGAGCCAUCUCCUGUGGCCACAGUUCAUUAAACAAUCCUCACUGCAGAGAAGCAGUAAUUUAUGAGAUCCUUUGGGUCAGAUCACUUGAUUGUUUUUUAACAUGUAAGGUGCUUGGUGGGAUCUGUGUCACUGCAACUUGAGCCCUUAGGAUGGCACAUCAGAUUACCCUAACAGCCUCUGUCUGCACCAGCUCCAUUUUUAAUUCAUCCUUCUCUAUCAAAGGUGACCAGGAGUACCCAGUACUGCAAGUGAGGUCAAACCUAGACCUCACACAGGGCAUUAACAGCUCUGGCCCGUGCUGGUCUCAACUUGCCUGGUGUAGCUCUGGAUAAUAUUGGCUUUUUCCCAGCCACAACAUACUGAGAGCUUGGAGUCAUCCUCUGACCAAUCUAGGCACCUACGUCUUUCUACACUUCCAGCAUUUCUAACCAAGCUACUCCCUGCUGUUCCAGACAUUGGGUCAUCAGCAAAUUUUGUUAACUAACUGUUAUUUUUGGGCUGGACUGACUAAUAAAAAUAUUAGAUACUUCUAGCAACAAGAACAGUCUGAGAGAGCUACUUUUACUACCUCCAUCCAGCCCAAUGAUUUCCCUGUCAAUUAACACUUUCUCACUUUCCCUUUGGCCAUUUGUUUAUUUCAAAAAUUCUGUUCUAAACUUCAUCUUAUUCAGAUUUAAUUGCUAAUCAAAUGACCAAUUUCCCACUAUCAAAUAGUUUCCACAGUCCUGAAAGGGGAGAUCUCCCUGCUGGGGGAGCUCAGGUAUCCUGUCCUAUUAGCUGGGCAUUAGCUACAUUUGAAUGACUAUUGCAUUUUGUCCCAUUUCUAGAUUUACUGCAAUUAUUAUUUGCAUCAAAAUCUGUUCUGGCUGCUGAUGGGAUGCUGCUCCCACCUCCCUAUUCCUUCUUAAAUUAGGUACGCCAGACUUUGCAAAAUGGUACCAUUCUGCACUCCAGAGGAACAUGACCAAAUACUUGCCCUUGGCCCCGUGAUUUUAAGGGCUGAGUCUUGCACUUUGUGGUAUUUUCCUGUCCUUACUCAACCUUUCACAGCACCUUUAGCAAGUUGCAGUGACCAGACCUUCUCAGCAGGGACAAGCUGGCAGCUGGACAAAGCCAACAUAUUUUGCUAAGCAUCCCUCCAAGAGAGGGCUUGGCAGAGCUGGGAAUGACAGAUCCAGCUCCACACUCCCCCUCUCUCUGCCCCAGUCCCUGCAUGGCCUGGCAGGUGAGGGCCAGGAGAAAUGUUUGCCUGUUCUGGGCCCAUCAGUUUUGUAGCCAAAAUUUCUCCGGUGAGACUCUGGAGGGAGCUGGUCCCACUGGGAUUUCUGGUUUGAUAAUCAGUAUUUUUGUUUGGGUGUGUUUUUGUGUUUAGAGGUGGACCCAAACUGAAGGAACACAUGCCAUGGUUUGGGCCCAUCUCUAGUGCAAUAUCUUUUUAUUUGUAGAUUAUAUUUUACUCUACAGCUGUUACAUUGUUAUCAGAACCAGUAUAUGCAUAAUCCUAUUGCCAGUCACUAUUUCAUACCUGUAUCCCAGAAACUAAUGCAGCACUCUGGUGUUCUUUCCACAUGUAGGUGUUCCUCAGACUGAUGUGUGCACAGGUUUUAAUCCUUUUGUCCUUCUCAGUUUGAGUGUGUUAUUUCCUGAAGCGCGAGUGUCACGUUUAGUGUUUGUUUGUGUUGUGUGAAAUCUAGAGCACAGCGGACUUUACUUGUAACUAAAUUGUCUCUGUUCACUGCCAAGGGGACUGUGACAGGGUCCCACAGGGAUGGGGCAGCAGUGCAGUGCAGAUGUGCAGCCAGGGGAAUUCAGCCAGAAGUGAGAAGCAGCUCUUCUCUUUCUUCCCAGUCAGGGCUCAGGGCUGAGGGGGAGACAGCACCACAAGUACAGGGCACUGAGCACUCAGGGUUUGCCUGUGAGGAAGCCCAGGGUCUGUGCAGAGCUGGCAGAGCUGGAGAAGGGGAUUUCACAGAGUGCUGAGGAGACAAAGCCCCUGUUCCAACACACAAGGGCAAGGAGGAGCCCUGGCUGGGCUCAGUGCCUGGCUCAGGUCCCAGGAUGAGCCUGGAUGCAGCCUGGCUGUGCUCCCACUUGGAGAGCACAGAGGCUGCCCCUUGGUGGCCCUCAGAAACCUUUUGGCAUCCUUUGCCAGGCAGAGAGCAGCCAGGGCAGCUCCAGGGGCACACAGGUCAUUCCUGCAGCAGAGGCCAGCCCUGCCUGGAUGCUGAGUGGCCAGUGCUGACUGUCACAGUCACCUGCAGGACUUGCCCAAAGCAGGCCAGAGGUUGCUAAGAAUAAGUUUUCAUGGGCCAGCACACGGGUUGCUGGGCUGCCAGCAUAAUUCCCAUGUUUCACCUGGAGACCUGAGCCCUCUGGGAAAUGCCAAGGUGGAUCUGGUUGGCUUUGGCAAAGGCAGGGGAGCUGCUCCAGCAGCACUUGUGAGAGAUGACUCUGGCCUGGGGCGGGGAGGAGGCAGGGAAGGCAGAUUGUGCUGGGAGUCCUGCAGUGUCCCAUCACUCCUCUUCUUUCCUCCUUCAUGGACUGAUUGCACCAGAGCUGCAAAUCUUGCCCAAAGUGUGCCCUCUGCCCAUCCUGCUGUGCUGGCUUGCUGGCAUUGCACUGUUCCUCUGCAGCCUAUCUCCAUGCUCUCUGUCAAAAUCAGCAUGAGGGCAAAGGGAAAAACAGAGUUCAGACUAAGGUACCAAAGAGUUAACACUUUUCUAGGUUUACAGUUGUAUUUGUAGGAUUUGUACUAUGUCACAUUUAUAGCCAUGAGAUAUUAUUUUUAUGCUGUAAACUUUUACAAAUACAUUUUUAAAGAAAGAGUUUAAAAAUAAAGGUGUUUUUCAUUUUGCAAA